CAGAGGAUACCCAACCAACUUGCAGUAAAGUAUUCAACACCUUUACCACAGUUGUGUAGAAAAAUUAGAAUCACCAGAAAUUGUUACAGGUAUUCAUUCCAUCAGGUCAGAAAUCUGUCCAACAUUGUGCACCAUCUGCAACAUAAGAUAGUCUGCAUGUAUUUCUAACACAUUCUUUAAUUAUUAAAUGCCAACAUGUUGUGUCCAUGGAAAUUAAUGUCACAGAUUUAUUGUAUCAUUAUACAAAAAAUUAUAUAUGAACAGUUAAAUAAUAAUUAACUAUAGCAAGUGGUAACAUCAUGGUAAAUCUUCACUGCAAAUUACUGAGUGUCUAAAUCAUAGAUUGUUCCAUUUAAUCUCUUAAAUGAAAUGUUUUAAAUCAAAGAGGUGUGGUGUUCUUCAUGGUACUUCGUAUUAUUUGUCUUUUGCUAAAUAGGCCCUCAGAAAAGCAAAAGUCAUAGUAUUUGAGCACCCAUAGAAAUGCCCUCUCUCUUGUCAGAUUUGGUAGAGUCCUGUCAGCGGACCAAUUAGAGCACACCAGCAAUGACGUUUACACCGCCAUAUUUUUCUGUUCUUCGCAACUUGUGAUAGAUCAGCAUUGAAGGGCAUAAUGUUCUAAUGUUGUGUAAAGCUCAUUUCCAUUAGUGACAAUUAUUGUGAGUACAUUGUAUAAGCGUCUAUACGUCAAUAGCCUUUUAAAGUGGAAAGAUGUUUCGACAAAGUCGGAACCUAAAAUAUAUAUUAAGUCUUGUACCUGGAAAAAGACGAUUUGGGACAUACAGAUUUUUGCCCUUGUUCUUUUGUAUCGGAGGCGUCAUGGAGUGGAUCAUGAUUAACGUGAGGAUAGGAAGAGAAACAUUUUAUGACGUCUACAGAAGAAAGCAAUCGGAGAGGGAAUAUCAACAGAAAGUUGACGAGGGCUUGACUGUCCUCACAGAGUCUGAUACCAAAUGAAAAUCAAGAGACUUCAUCAGAAAAGACGGCAUAAUCAAGAUGAAGAGACU